UUUUCUCUUCUUUCUAGUUUUGCAUUUAUAAUGCUCAAUCUCGUAAAUAUCAACUGUGAUUCCUCAACUUUUAAAACAAGUCGAGUUUAUUUGCUUUCUUUUCUAGAUACCCUGAUUGUAGUUGUUAUAGCACUUAAAGGAUGAAACUCGUUGUUAUUUGAUUGAUGUAUUUCAUUAUUCAGGCGCAUACUAUUUCAUAGCAGUGUGAAGCAUUUUCAUUGCUCUAUAAAUUGUUGAUACGUUACAAUUACCGCAAAACCAUGCUGUAUUAAGCUUACGUAACGCUCCAUUGCUCUAGAAAUUGUUUCGCCUAAUAGUUAUUAUUCACAUGUCUAUUACCUACAUCCUUCCAUCAAUUUCUUGUUCUGGACGUUGUGUCUUCUCUGUACACCUUAGCACGGGCACUUCAAAUGCAUUGCCCAGUUUCAAGCCGUGAGCAAGCUCUUGGUUCCUUUUGUGGUUGCCACUUCUAGAUCUUUGGGGGCCAGAUAGCAGGGUGGUCAACGUAGUGUACUGGUUUAGGAACUGAUACAUAAACCUGCCUAGCAUCUGCCACAUAUGAGUGCUGUCAAAAUAUACUAAUCACUGUAUAGCGAUUGAUGAUGGAUGAGUAUCUCAAUCAUUUGAUCUCUUCCUCAUCAUUGGUGGAUGGAGAUAUUAAGGAAAGUUCAUCUUGGGUCUGUAGUGAACCAAAUCAACCAAAUGCCUUCCUCCCUACUUCUCUUGAAUUAUAUCAAGAUGACAAAAAAAAUUCACCUGUAAGCAUGAUUAGUUCAAAUCAAAGUGUGGAGUCCUUGGCCACUCAAGACACUUCAUCUGUAGUUCUUGGCAGCGAGUCAGAUUAUGCUGUUGAUAAAGUCUUAAUUUCUGAACAAGCUCGAUUGCAAAAUGAUUGCCAGAAUUGCAAUGGAAACCCCUCCCCUGAUGGAAUGGCACGUGGAAACUUAAAAUUUGGAAAUACAGGCCUGCAAUGCAAUGGAAUUCUUCCUACCCUGAGUUCUCUGAACUAUCCAAAUCAGCUUCCAAUAGUUGGUGAUUUGACAUCGUAUCUCUCUUUUUCUGAGGCAAGCAAUGCUGGAUGCAAUGGAAGGGAACAAUCUGAGUACCUGAGAUCCUUAAAAAAUCUGCAAAACUUAUCAUCAAUCCCACAAUUGUGGCCUUCACAAUCUUAUGAGGGUGUUUCUUCUCUCCCUCCUUUGAUGGGACAAGACAGAAUAGAGGGAUCUGGUCUUCGAGGAGGGAACUUGGAUGAUGAUAUGCAUAUUAUGGGGAAGGGAUACAUGGGCAUGGAUGAAAUUCUCCGACUUGAUAAGUUAUCUGCAUCACCUACUACAGAGGGGAAAGAAGAUUUGCAAAGUUGUCCUUUCUCAUCUGGCAUAGCUGAGCCCAAUGUAAACAUGUCAAUGAAUCAAUUAUCAUCUAUGCCUCAGACUACAUCAGCUGCUCCAGUAGAAGGCUGCAAUGGAACUGGAAAACCUCGUGUAAGAGCACGACGUGGCCAUGCCACUGACCCACAUAGUAUAGCUGAAAGGCUUCGAAGAGAAAAAAUUGCUGAAAGGAUGAAGAAUCUGCAAGAACUUGUACCUAAUUCCAAUAAGGUUGACAAGGCAUCUAUGCUUGAUGAGAUCAUAGAGUAUGUCAAAUUUCUUCAGCUCCAAGUCAAGGUGCUAAGCAUGAGCAGGUUAGGGGCAGCCGGAGCAGUCAUUCCUCUCCUCACAGAUGGUCAACCUGAGGGUCAUAAUAGUUUGUCGCUCUCGCCAUCAGCUGGUCUAGGAAUUGAUAUUUCUCCAUCUGCUGAUCAGAUUGCCUUUGAGCAAGAAGUACUUAAGCUACUGGAAUCCGAUGUGACCAUGGCCAUCCAAUAUCUUCAAAGCAAAGGUCUCUGCCUCAUGCCCAUUGCUCUUGCUGCUGCCAUAUCCAGUGUUAAGGCAUCUUUAUCAGGUACAACUUCUGAGGAGAGGAAGAACAAUGGCUACACCAAUGGUCUUGUUAGCAGCAGCAGCAGCAUAACUGGCAUUGACACCCAUCCAAUGUCCAAUGAUAACAAUAUUGCAACCGGUACACUUAGCAGCAAAGGCAUGAUUGUCAAUGGCUGCAAUGAGGUUGUCAAGCAAGAAGUGCUGAAGAACACCUGAUGCAUUUCUAGAGCACGGAAAGUAAAGAUGUAAUUUCAUUAUUUUAGAUGGGGUUUCAUUUUUCAAGCUGAGGCAGAUAAUCUUGGAAUCUAGAGCUACUUAAACUUUUAAACUUUUAGAACUUGUCUCUCUUUCAUCGUCUUUUCUUGUUUGAAGAUCGACUGUACGUUUUUAUGAGAAUGUACAUAUACAAGCAUGCAUAUAGGCCGAUACUGUUUUUAUCCGUCGAGAAUAUUUAGAACAUGCAGAUUUACUUUGAUUAA